AUGGGGAGCAGCAGAAACGCCGUCCCCGACGCAUGGGAAGACGACUGGGAGACCCAGGCCGACAAGCAAGAAGCCCAGCCUACGCAAGAAGCCCCGCCGCCGGCACCAAUGACCAAGGCUGAGCGACGAGCACAGCACGCGGAGACAAACCGCAAGCUCUGGGAAUCAGCCGACAACCGCGAAACGUUCCACUUUGUCGAGGCAACCUCCAACGUGCCCCUCGCCUCGACCUUCAAACCCCAGGUCAAGGUCCUCAGCCGCAAGCCCCCGCCGACCGUGGCCCGCCGCGUCGACCCCGUCACGGGCGCCAUCUCGCAGCUCUCGAUCCGCGACGACGACGACGACGACGACGAGGCGGGCGGCAGGGCAAAGGCUGUCCAGCCGACGCCCGAGGAGAUCCGCGCACGGCAGCAGCGCGAGCGCGAAGAGAAGCAGAAGCGGUACGACGAGGCGCGGGCCAAGAUCUUUGGCGAGUCGAACCCCCUCGUCCGGGACCACGAGUCCUGCGGGCCCCGGGCACCGGUCACGCCGCCGCGGAACCGAUUCGCGCGGGGCCCAGGCGGGCGGCCGGGAACUUGUCCGGGGGCGGGGAGGCCCGGAACCAGCCGGCAAGAAAACCAACAGCAGCAGCAGCAGCAGCAAGACCGGGGGGGGAGACGGCUUGGUUUUCCGCCCCGAAAGCCAAAACGGGCCCCGAAAAUGAGAAAGCUUUACCAACCCCAAUUUUUGGCCGAAACCGGGGUUCCCCCCUGCAAAGGGGGGCGCCGCAGCCCCCCAAUUCUUGGAAGAAUUCGCCCAGGUUUUCAAGAACACCGAGCGGGGAUUCCGGCACCAGGGGACCGGACGGCAGUGACGGGGCGCUCGGGGAGCAAAGAGGCUUGA